CAGACAACAUGGCGUCUAGCGAAAAGAUAAGAAGGACCGACAAGAUUUUAGACGAAAGAAAAUAUGACAAGGGAAAGUUGGUGCAUGCAAUUUUGACGUUGUGCUAUGACAUGGACACAAAAUCACCCGUUCUACUUGCUCCCCUAAAAAUUAAUGUCUGUAAUGCCGCUACAUCGAAGGGCACGACGUUCUCAAAGGCAUUUUGUGACACGGAGCAGUACGAUGAAUGUUAUAUGUUCGGGGACAUAUUCCUGGACGGUGUCGAAGUCUUAAGAAAUUACAUUGAAAACAAGUCGUUACCGAAUGGCAGGCAAUGGUUGUUUGUAUUUCAGAAGCUACUAGAUUUCCUAAAUGGUAAUAGGAGUAUCAACCUCCCUGAUAGACAGGGCUUUGAGUCCUUGUCAGAAACUGAACGAACAGUGAUCGUGGCCAAUCAUUUACUUGGCAAACUUGGAACUUCUUCUUGCUUCAUGAUUGACAAGAACUUUGGUGAAAGAAAACAAGAGAACUGCUUUUGUGGUGAACAGUCUUGCAAGAUGACCGGAGAAUAUGGAGACACAACUAUAGGAAAUGUGGAGGUAUGGCAUGGGAACUUGGACGUUAUCAUCAACACUGAUUUAGCACUUGUGGAACCUCUUGAUGAAGAUUCAGAGAAUGGUUCUGAUGGAAACUCUGCUGUUGAAAAUUGUCUCCAAAGGAACCACCAAAUCAUUGCACAAACAAUAGUGUUCUCUUUCUUUCAAAAGAAAAGACAUCAAGAAAGGAACAAUUUUCUAACACCAUGCAUUGGUAUUGGAAGUUCAGAACUUAUAGUCAUGUUGUAUGAUUCUGAGCAUGACGUUUUGCUGGAGAGCUCAAGUGUUCCUCUGUUCAACAAUGACUCUUCAUUGGAAUUUUCUUUGCAAGCUAUUCUUGUGUGUUGGCUAACAGUGAACUACAAGUACUUUUGUAGCGGUUUAUGUGAGGAAUACCAACAGCACAAGAGCAAUUUUUUUGUCCAUGCCAAGGAAAAAAUCCAAAUUUAUGAGGAUGAACUAUCAUUAGGAAACGUCGGCAAUUCUCGACUUAAUGAACAGAAACUACUUCAGCGUCCUUCUAAUGUGAUUCGUAGUAAGGAUCUACGUGAUGCUACAAGUGGCCUUUACUUGUGUUUGGCAAGAGUGUCUCAGUCUGAUUGUUCAGAUAAAAGAAACUGUGGAUUAGCUAAUUAGGGAAAAAAUCCAAUUUAUUUUUUUU